AUGCGGGAGCAGUGCGGUCAGCCGCGAGCAACAGCCCUGGCAGGUAGUGCAUCUUUUCAGUGCUUUCACGUACAGCACUCUCGGAAAGGUCUGGUCACUGUUGAAUCCAAUUCCAGAGGCACUUCUUGUCUGCUGAAGGAUAGUAUCUCAAUUACUGAAUUUUCAGCUUCAGGACCAUUUGAAUGUCAUGAUCUUCUGCGUAGAGGCUUUACAAGUGUGAAAAAUGAAUUGUUGCCCAGCCACCCACUGGAGUUGUCAGAAAAAAAUUUCCAGUUAAAUCAAGAUAAAACAAACUUUGCCACGCUGAGAAAUAUACAAGGACUCCAUGCGCCGUUAAAGCUGCAGAUGGAAUUCAGAGCAGUGAAACAGGUCCAGCGUCUCCCAUUUCUUCACAGCUCAAACAUAGGACUGGAUACUCUGAGGGGAAAUAAUGAAUGCAUCAGUUUUGAGGAUAUCCUUAAUGAUCCUUCACAGAGUGAGGUUAUGGGAGAACCACACACGAUGAUGGAAUACAAGCUCGGUUUAUUGUAACAAAAUGUACCCCACAAAAAUGUUUUGUGCGUGUCUUUAUACUGCAGAUCUAAAUACAUGAUACUAAAUUGACGUUGACGGUGUUAAGCAGUCCUACAGUUAUCAUUUGCCUUCCUUGAUGAAAAGGCACAUUAAAUGUUUAAAGUCUAUGAAUUGUUCUGUGCUUGUUGUCAAUUACAUUAAUGUCCUGUGACUAGGUAGUUAAAAUGAUGUCUCUUCAUACACUGCUCAGGACAAUAGCUUCUUAACUAUGGAAAUGCUAUGUAUGUAUACAAGGAAUCCAGAAAUACCCAUGCAUUUUAAAACUGAUAACUGUAGGUAAAUGCAUUUAAUGGAUGUUCUUGCAGAAGAACUUUUUAAUGGGGAAAAGAAGUUUUUUUCCAUUGAGUAACUCUUUGUUCAUGAAAAUUUCCAUACACUUUUAAAACUAUUGAAUAAAAGUUUGCUAUAAAUGCUGCUGCGUUCCAAAAUAUAUUUAAUCUUAAAUCAAGAAUAUGUUAUCCACAGCACAGUGUUGUUCCUUUUUCUUGCAAUAUCUUUGAAGAUCUGUAAUUUCUGCACUGCCAGUGGACUCCUGCUACGUAUGUUUUAUCCCCUUGCUCCUGAGUGAGCCAUUAAGCAUUUGUGUAGAAUUGGAAGUAUUGCUGUAAGAAGGGAGUUAAACGUGUGGAUUUUUUUCAUCUGUUUCCCUGAGAGGAUAUUCUGGUUUCUGAAAGCAGAAGCAAGUUCCACUUGGAGUUUAAAGAGGUGUUUUAAAAUUCAUUUGGGAACAUAAUCCAAAAGAGCACUCCUAGAUCUAGGUAUUUUAAAUUUCAGAGAUUAAGAAGAAUGCAGUGCCUAAUUAUGACAGUACCUAAUAAACCUGCUGCAGCGAGACCAUGAAGAUACAGUGGUACUGGAUGACAAACACAGAAAUAAUUUUUUGUGGGUUUGCCAAAAUCAGAUCUUAAUGAAGGGAGAAUGAGAGGCCUAUACUUAAACACACCUUUUAAAGGAGCAGGCCACUGAAAGGUUUUUUGUGUGUUAUUAAAUUCAGGGUUGUAACAACCAUUUUCUGAUACUGUACAUGUGCAUGUGUCCUGCAAGGCAGCUAGUAUGAUGGGCAUAUUAGGAGAAGAAAAAAAGUCUGUGGUUCAAAAGAUCAUCUAUUGUCACAUCUGGGGAGCUUGAAACAAUAUUUCUAAGAUAGGAACCGUCUUUAUUCAUCAGGUUUUAAUGACUUGGUUAAAUUGCUAAGUGCACUUACUGUUCUGUUGUAGAUCAUUUUAGCAGAAAUAUUGCUAUAAACCUCUUUUCACAAUCUCGGACAUCUCUUGUGCUUUUCAAUGUGCUUCAAGCUGCCACAGAUCCCCUAUCUACAUGGGCGGAAGCCUCUAGCUUCUGUCCUGUACA